AUGUGGGUUGUGUAUUUUGUCUUAUUGACCUUGGGGUCAGUUCACGGUCUGGUCAGAUUGGAUCCUUUGGUGAAUGCACCAGCGGGUCUUAUCCGUGGGCUGAGAGCUGAUGAUGGGGAGUAUUCCAUGUUUUUGGGGAUUCCUUACGCACAAGUUGAAGAGGACAAUCCGUUCGGGGCGUCCAUUCCUCAAGCGAAAUUCGACGGAGUGUUCGAUGCGUCCCAGGACUCCAAGGUGUGCCCUCAAGUGGAGGAGUAUGAGAACACCAUCGUGGGCAGCUUGGACUGUUUGGAGCUGAACAUCUACGCCCCGAACACAGCGAGCUCCAGGAACAGACUGCCUGUGCUUGUCUGGAUCCACGGGGGGGGAUUCACUAUUGGAUAUACUAGCAGAUUCAUCUACGGUCCCAAAUACCUGGUGAGACAUGACGUCAUCCUAGUAGCCUUGAACUACAGAGUGGGACCGUACGGAUUCUUCUGUCUCGACACACCGGAGAUACCAGGAAACCAGGGCUUGAAGGACCAGGUGUUAGCAUUGCGCUGGAUUAGGGAAAACAUAGCUUCUUUCGGUGGAGAUGUCAAUAAAAUCACGGUCAUGGGCGAAAGCGCCGGUGGGGCUUCUGUAGAAUACCAUCUGCUAUCGCAACAUGAAAAGUUAUUUAAUCAGGCAAUCACGCAGAGUGGUUCUACAUUCCUUCCAGGUCUGUUAGAAGAAGACGGUAGAAGUAAGCCGUUGCGAAUCGCUGCGCACCUUGGUUUCGAAACGGAAGACGUUACUGAGGCUGUGGCGUUCCUUGCGAAGACUGAUGUCAAGCUGGUCAUAGCAGCGACGACAGAACUCGGAAUUAGAAGCAGACCGUGCGUGGAAAAGGAGUUCGAAAACGUCGAUAGCAUUUUGACUGAUCAUCCAAUGAACAUCGAUAUGCCUAAAGCGAGGAAUACACCUGUGCUAGUCGGAUUCAAUAACAGAGAGCAGUUGGUGGGAUACGCGAUGAUGCCGGCUGAACAAUUUAAGCAUCUCAAUGUCUUCGAAGAUACUCUGCAGAAGAAAUUUAUCUACGACGAGGAAUUCAAAGAAAUGGAGCAGAUUGUUAGACGCUUUUAUAUCGGCGAUGAAGAGCUGAGCGAUGCGCUACGAUCUAACCUAACAGAUUUCCAGUCAGAUUUUGACUUCGCCUUUCCUAUACAGUUGAGUUUGAAGAAGUAUCUCGAGAACGGCGCCAAAGAUGUGUUUUACUACAUGUUUUCUUACAGUGGCGAUAGGAAUUUCGUUAAAAAGCGAGUCAAUGUGACUGCACCGGGGGCGGCGCACGCAGAUGAGCUGGGCUACCUUUACGACUUGACCACCGAGACGGAGCCACCGACCGCGGCAGACCAGCUGGUUAUAGACCGGAUAACUGCUCUAUGGACAAACUUCGUCAAAUAUGGGGAUCCGACUCCAGAGACAUCCGAGCUUCUGCCGGUGAAGUGGACUUCCAUCAGCGAGGAAACCUACACGUAUCUGAACAUAGACCAGGAUUUGUCAGUUGGCACACGCCCCUAUCAUGAGCGCAUGGCCUUCUGGGAGCUGUUCUUCGAGGUCAACCAGCACAAACUGAAGGGGUACCGGGAGAACUAG